UAUCGUAGAUAAGGCAGCAACGUUUAAAAUAUGAAUGGACAGAGAAGUUCUUUAAUUUUAAAUGAAAUUGAUUUCACUUUUAUCUUCGCUGUUCAAGAUAAGUGAACAUUUUAUCCCCGAUAGAGACCUAUUAAACUUAAACUUGACAAACUGUGAUUUGGGAGCGGAUUUAACUGAUUAUGAAACAACAGAGAUGGGUGUUUAUAGUACUACUGGUGGUCACAUUGGUAUUGUACAUGGUGACAAUCAACUUACAAGCGCCAUUAAAACAGGAAAGGCAGCUUCUUGACUACUUCGAGCCAAAGGAAUCAAAAUACACCCCAGCUCAGGAUGAACAUAUUUUAACAGAUUCUAUCAAAGGAAAGUAUGAAACAAGAAAAUCAGCUUUAAAUGAGAUACCAGUUGCAGAAAACAAAACGUAUAGAACAGAAGUGUCCACAAGUCCAAAAGUAUAUAGAAAAAAUACGUCCAAAAAUUCAGGGGAAAUAACUCAUAUUGAAUUUUUAAAAGUCCAUAAGGCAGCAAGCUCUACAGUUCAAAAUAUUCUCAUGCGAUUCGGUCUUAAACGGAAUUUAUCCUUUGUUAUUCCGGCAGAUCAGCAUUACAUCUCAAAGGAGAGAACUUACUUCAGUGAUAUCUGGCCACCAUUACCAAAAGAGUCAGCUGACAUCCGAGAUAACCUUGGUAAAAGUGACAAGCAUGAUAUUCUAUGUAAUCACAUGGUUUUCAACCGUAAAAAGAUUUCUAGGCUACUUCACAAUGAUUCCAUGUAUAUAGGAAUCGUACGAGAACCGUUCGAUCAGUUUUUAUCGUCAGCUAUUUAUUACAAGUUCAAAUAUAAAUACCCGUACCUUAGAAGGUUACCAAAGGAAACAUUCAUCACUGACCUUAUAAGGAAUCCUCGCCAGAACGAGGCUACAACAAUGGCGGAAUCGAUGACGUAUAAUUCGAUGUCAUACGACUUUGGCAUGAGUAUUGGCUAUUCUGAAGCUGCCAUUAACGGGUCACUUGAAGUUUUUGACGAGUUUCUUAAUGACACAGCUAACACUUUCCAUCUGGUUAUGCUUUUUGAAAAGUUUGACGAGUCGCUUGUGUUGUUAAGAAGAUACUUAAAUUUUACCAUUGAAGAUAUAGUUUACGUGCCAGGCAAUUCAUUUUCGUUUAAAAAAGAAGCCAAUGUGACUUUAGAAUUUAAUAUUACAGAAGACGACAUGGCUGUUUUUAGAGAAAGAAAUCAAUUUGAUUAUAAGUUAUACGCCUUCUUUAAAACCAGGAUAGAAAUGCAGAUAGCGCGGGAAAGCAUGUUUCAGGAAGAGGUCAAACAUUUCAAAGCAAUAUUGAAUGAAGUUCAAGAGUUUUGUGCAGAAGACGAUGAUGAAAAAUCUCAGAAAAACAAAACUACCUCCGCAAAGGAAGCACACAAGCCUAUAGAUGUGAAGAAAGAACGGUUGAAAACAGUGUUAAAAACAAUAAAUUCAACAAUAUCUAAUAAGGUCAUGACCGAGAAGCAGACGAUAGAGUUGCAAGAGUUGGGAAAAAUCAUUCAGAAAGAUUACUUAAAGUGGCCAUUAAAAGACCUGAUUUCCCUGUUACCUAGGCUAUUUCAAGACAAAAGAAGCAAACCUGACCCGAAAGAUGAAGAUGCUUCGCUGGAAUCAGACCUAGUUAUACCGGAAUCAAAAUGGAAUAAAGAAUUCACGGUGUCAGCAGCUGACUGUGACCUAAUGAACAUGGAAGAGUUAUCACUUGUGCAGAAAGUUAAGUCUCAGCACAUUAAACUUACGGUGUAUAGAAAAUUUGGUGAAAACUUUUCCGUUAUUGAAGCGGUAAAACACGUGUUAAGAUUUUACUAGCAAGUAACUUGCUGGAAAAACUAAACGACGAGGAAGUUAAUAGAGUAACAAAAUCUAAUAAAUGUACCUUCGAGAUAUCAAAGCGGGUAUUACUUAAUAUUCGCGGAAUUCGCGGUAACUACAAAUCCGCGAAAGUUUGUCUCCGCGAAAAUGCCGACGUUCUGAAAAACGCAUAUUGUAUCCGCGAAAAUUUCUAGGAAUACAGUAAAUAAACACACGAUAUCAGCUAAAUCAGAGAAACAAUAUAUAGCGCUACUUGAAUUAUGUACAUGCAUACGUUUAAAACGAAAUAACAGUAAUAAAGUAACUCCAAGAACAUAAAUUUUUUUUUCAAAGAAAAAAUCAGGAUAUUCAUUACAAUGUUAUUGUGGUUUUAUUUUAAAUUUUUAGAAAAAAAUAUUAAAAGUAUCAUCAAAUGAUAACCGAAUUUUUUAUAAAUAAAAUAGAAAUAGUAAUAUACAUGUAUACAUGUACUAUACAUUAUUUUAAUACAAAUUAAUUAUCUCGUUCCAUAAAGAUAAAUUUAUAAUUUUAAUAAGCGUCCAAUUAACUGCUGCUGUACAAUCAUCAUUUUCCAUAGCAAUUUUAAGCAAUUUGUCUAAUACUUCAUUUAAUUUUUCUUGAAAUGAUUCAUUUUUGGAAAUUACCUCCGGAGAAA